AGUUAGACAAAGUCAGUGUUGACCGCGCCCGUCCACUACGGGGGUCGUCCUCUCCUUCUUCCUCUUCUUCUUCGAUCUGGGCAGCGAGCUGGGAGGAGGAGAUUGGCGUUGGAAUUUUGGGAUUUCCUGUUGGAUCUUUAGGCCUCCGAUCGAGAAAGCUAGUUUCAGCUGCGGAGAUGUUCGGAAGGGCGCCACAGAAGAGCGACAACACGCGGUACUAUGAAAUCUUAGGGGUGCCCAAGACCGCCUCGCAGGAUGAUCUCAAGAAAGCCUACCGGAAGGCCGCCAUCAAGAACCAUCCCGACAAGGGCGGCGACCCCGAGAAGUUCAAGGAGCUGGCCCAGGCUUACGAAGUGUUGAGUGAUCCUGAGAAACGAGAAAUCUAUGAUCAAUAUGGUGAAGAUGCCUUAAAGGAGGGAAUGGGUGGUGGAGGUGGUGCACAUGAUCCAUUUGAUAUAUUCCAGUCCUUCUUUGGCGGAAGCCCCUUUGGAGGAGGAAGCAGCAGGGGACAAAGGCAGAGGAGAGGGGAGGAUGUGAUCCAUUCUGUCAAGGUUUCUUUGGAAGACCUUUAUAAUGGAACUUCUAAGAAGUUAUCACUCUCUCGUAGUGUCAUCUGCCAAAAGUGCAAAGGCAAGGGUUCAAAAUCAGGCGCUUCCAUGACUUGCGCUAGCUGUCAAGGAUCAGGUAUGAAGGUCAGUAUUCGCCAAUUGGGGCCUGGCAUGAUUCAACAGAUGCAGCACCCAUGCAAUGAAUGUAAGGGAACUGGUGAAAUGAUUAAUGAGAAGGACCGUUGCCCAGACUGCAAAGGGGAGAAAGUCGUCUCAGAGAAGAAAGUGCUGGAGGUUGUAGUCGAGAAGGGUAUGCAACACGGGCAGAAAAUUACAUUACGCGGGGAGGCCGAUGAAGCGCCUGACACUAUUACUGGAGACAUUGUGUUUGUCAUUCAACAAAAGGAGCACCCCAAGUUGAAGAGAAAGGGCGAUGAUCUUUUUUAUGAGCAUACAUUGUCCCUCACCGAGGCUCUCUGUGGCUUUCAGUUUGUUUUCAAUCACCUUGAUAGUAGGCAGCUACUUAUUAAAUCAAACCCAGGGGAAGUUGUCAAGCCCGAUCAAUACAAGGCAAUAAAUGAUGAGGGCAUGCCAAUGUACCAGAGGCCCUUCAUGAAGGGUAAACUCUACGUACACUUUACCGUUGACUUCCCUGAUUCUUUGGCAGCAGAACAGUGCAAAGCUCUUGAGGCAGUGCUCCCCCCAAAGCCUUUGUCUCAGAUGACGGACAUGGAACUCGAUGAAUGUGAGGAGACAACAUUGCACGAUGUUAACAUUGAGGAGGAGAUGAGGAGGAAGCAAGCUCAAGCACAGGAGGCUUACGAGGAGGAUGGCGAUUUCCAUGGAGGUGCCCAAAGAGUGCAGUGUGCCCAGCAGUAAGCUGUUAUUGUGCUCUGGCUCUCACCACUUGAUUUAUAUACAUACCAAUUUACUGGUAGACUUUAUUCUUAAAUCUAGCGCAUGCUACUACUGCGCAGUAUCAUAAUCAUCUUCAUGCAGCUCUAAAGCAAAUUGAUAGACCAAGUAACUGACUUCCAUUUAUAUGUUAUGGAUCCUCCUGUUGUUUGCAAAUUUUGUUGAGCAAUUCAUGUGUUAUAACUAAA